AUGAAGCGCUUGUCUGAACAACAAACAAAAAUUUUGUUUGAAAAGUUAACAAAAUACAUUGGAACUAAUGUAAAGCUGUUGAUUGAUCGUACAGAUGGCACCUACUGCUUUCGCGAGAUGAAAUCUCGCGUGUACUACAUGUCGGAGAAAAUCCUGAAAUUAGCAGAAACGGUACCGAAGGAACAAAUGGUAUCGGUGGGGACGUGUUUUGGGAAGUUUACCAAGGGCAAUAAGUUCAUAUUGCACAUAACGGCACUCGCCUAUUUGGCUCCGUAUGCGCAGUACAAAAUAUGGCUGAAACCGGCCGCCGAGCAACAGUUCCUGUAUGGUAAUAACAUAUCCAAAUCCGGUAUGGGACGUAUUACGGAAAAUACUCCCAUCUAUCAGGGUGUUAUAGUGAUGUCGAUGAGCGACGUACCGCUCGGGUUUGGUGUUGCGGCGAAAUCAACGAACGACUGUAAAAUUGCUGAUCCUCUAGUAACGGUUUGUUUCCAUCAAGCGGAUAUAGGCGAAUACAUUCGAUCGGAGGAUAACUUAAUCUAA